ACGAGUUCUUUAUUUUGUUUUCAAGAGAAGAAGAGUCGAGAAAAAAGUUGACGGACUAUCUUAUCGAUAUUAUUGUCAUGUUUCUUUGAGUUUUUCAAACAUGAUCGAAGAGAAAAUUACGGAUAUGAAUAUAGGAGGAGUUGUCAUAUUUACCAAAUCCCUCUUCAUCUUUCUUUUACUUGAUGUAUACUUAAAAGGAUCAUAUGCUGUGAACAGCAUGGAGGUAGAACAACAUUUGGAGAUGGGAAAGAAACUAUUGGCUGCUGGGCAGCUGGCAGAAGCCCUGCAGCAUUAUCACUCAGCUGUUGAUGGAGACCCUAACAACUAUUUGACAUACUUUCGAAGAGCUACUGUUUUUCUAGCCAUGGGAAAAUCAAAAUCUGCUCUGCCUGACUUAACCAAAGUCAUAGAACUAAAACCAGAUUUUACAGCUGCAAGAAUACAACGAGCAAAUGUAUUGUUAAAACAAGGAAAACUAGAUGAUGCCGAAAAAGAUUUUAAAUCAGUGAUUGAGAGAGGCCCAAAUGAUGAAGCUCUAUCACAACUAAAUGCUAUUGCUGAAUUGAGAAGAGACAUCAGUGAAGCCUACAUGUAUUUUGAACAUGGUCAGCUGCCUACUGCUGUGGACAUUUUAGGAAGGGUCAUAGAGAAAUGCCCCUGGGAUCCUAGUUUACAUGAGACUAGAGCUGAAUGCUACAUACAGAUGGGGGAAUACUACAAGGCCAUCAGUGACAUCCGUCCUACCACUUCACUUCGCAGUGACAACAGACCUGCGUUCUACAAGAUGAGCGACCUCUAUUACAAGCUUGGGGAAGCAGAGGAGUCAUUAAUUCAAAUCAGGGAAUGUUUAAAGCUUGACCCUGAUGACAAGCAGUGUCAGCCACAUUAUAAAAAGGUGAAGAAAUUAGUCAAACAAAUUAAUGCUGCGCAAGAGGCCAAGGUCAAUGGUCAGUACGACGAGUGCCUGAACAAAGCCAAGCAAUUCAUGAAGACUGAGCCAAACGAAGAGUUCUACCAGCUCAAAGGACAAGGCUACCUCUGCCAUUGUAAUGCAAAGGGUGGCCACAUACAAGAAGCUUUAAGGAUAUGCAACAGGUUGCUGAACAAAAAUCCAGAGAAUGUAGAGGCUUUAAUGGACAGAGCGGAAGCCUAUUUGGCGAGUGAAAAAUGGGAAGAAGCCAUCAAUGACUUCCAAAAGGCAUUAAAUAUGGAGGAAGGAAAUCGAAGGGCUCAGGAGGGACUCAACAAAGCACAGAAAUUGCUUAAACAAUCACAAAAGAAGGACUAUUACAAAAUAUUAGGAGUCAAAAGAACUGCAAGAAAGAAAGAAAUAUUGAAAGCAUAUAGAAAGUUGGCAGCUAAAUGGCAUCCUGACAAAUACGAUGGGGAUGAUAAGGCCAAAGCAGAGAAGAUGUUCAUAGAUAUCGCAGCAGCCAAAGAAGUCUUAACAGAUCCAGAAAAGCGACAGAAGUUUGACAACGGAGAAGAUCCUCUCGAUCCAGAACAACAGCAACAUGGAGGUGGCGGCCCCUUCUGGCACGAAGGCUUUAAUCCAUUCGGAGGCGGAGGAUUCAAAUUCAAGUUCAACUUUAAUUAACGAGGUGCCCAUAAUUUAGGACAGUUUACUGACAACUUAGAAAUAUUUAUUGAAAUUCCAAAAUCUUGUGCUGUGAAUGUGUUUGCCUUUUGGGGAAAUGUAAAUAGCGAGGAUAACACCAUUUAUAUAUGAGGGUAUGUUGGAUCUCACACUUGUCAUUUGAUAUCAGAGUCAUUGAUGUGCACACAGUGUGCAUUCAUGUGUAAAUGAAUAUAUUGAUAAAUGCCGAGAGGGUUAUAUGUCUGUGAUUAAGUGUGCUACAAGAUUGGCCUGGUUUGUGAUAUAUACUGUAUGAAUGUUUUGUUUUUGUGUCUGACUUUUUAUGGAUUAAGCAUAUGAAAAAGAGUUAGAAAUCAUGCAUUACGAUUUAAGAGGUUUUUGUAUAAGAGAAUCAUUCAACUUCUUGAAUUCUUACAUUGUUGAGAUGAAUUGAUUUUGUAGGUGUACACUAGGAACUUUAAGUUUCUUUAUAUGUUUUAAUGAGAUAUCUAAUGUAAUGAAACUUGUGAAUCAUAUGUAAAAAGUUUUUAGGUUUAAAUGUUUACACCAGCUAUUCUUUUAAUAAGUUUAUGAAUUAUAGAAAAGAAUUGUACGAAUGAAAUUUUAAAAAAACAGGUAUCAUUUUGGGUCCAAGUUGGAACAUUGCUAUUGGGUUAGCUUUAAAGGGUCCAUAGCAAAUUUACGCAAGAUAUCUCAUGCGCGGAUCUAGAGGGGGGGUCGGGGGGGUCCCGACCCCCCCUGGAAAAUGAAAAUUUAUUAAAUUUACAUAGUAAAAUUAUCGCGAAAAUAUGCCUCGGACCCCCCCUGGCAAACACAAUUAUCCUUCGGACCCCCCCUGGAAAAAUUUUCUGGAUCCGCGCAUGUAUCUCAAUCUGUUGAGGGAACCUUUGAAUGCCUACUCAGUGUAUUCAGUAUUCAACCAUAUUUUUCUUCUCCUUUAUGUUGUUUUUUUUUUGUUACUUGUUGAAGAAAUCCAAAGUGAAAUUGCAUAGUAAAAAUGACUAGAAUCACACCAACCUUGACAUCAGAUGCUGAACUGUGACUGUGUAUGGUUGUUUCUAUUAUCAGAACAUCAAGGCACAAUCAGUGUAUGUGAUAAAAUGUUUAUAGAGCUGAUAUCGACUCAGGGGGUGUAUUAUAUCACAAGUUUACUUCAUCUAUUUCCACCAGUUUUUACAUUUUAAAAAUUUCCUUCAAUGUAUAGAAUUAUGUUGGAAUACAUUUACAUUUAUUUUAUGUCCGUAAAAAUUAAAGAUUAAGAAAUUUAUUUGGUUUCCAAGAUUUGGUAAUUAUUAAUUUACAGUAGAUUUAAUUAUUAUGUGUGUGAACUAAGGUAUGUCUUAUUUAGUACUACAUGUAUAUGCAAAACACUACAUGUAUAUUUACAUGUUUUGAGAAUGAUGAAUUUAACAUGUGAAACGUUUGGAAAUUUGAUAAUGUCAGUACUUAGAAAAUUUUAAGUGCAGGAUAGAAUAAUAAUGUGAUAAAAGUUUGAAUUGGAAUAUUAUAAUGAAAUGAUUGACACUAAACUUGUCUAUGCAUCUGAUAAAUAAAAACGUGAUUGUUUAUUUGUCCUGCAAUACCAUUGCUUCAGGCAUUGGCUUCAAUAUGUCAUCUCACUGAGAGAAUUUAUUGUUAAUGAUCAAGAUGUUAUGAAAUACAAAUGCUUGUAAUUCAAAA